GCACAUUCUCGCGCGUUAAUCUGUGAUGUAAACACAUAUUUAUUCACAGCAAAUAAUAAUUAAUAUAAAUACAGUGUUUAUUUAAUUGUUGUUAAUAAAAAAUCAGUGAUUAUUUAAUAAUGAACAUUAUUGAUUCAUUAACACGUCGAACAUCUGGAUUUGAAUCAAUAAGAGAUUAUGAUAUUGCACUUUAUCGACUGAAAAGUCCUCGUGAUAAUAUUUAUCAUGGAAUAACUCCAAAUACUGAAGCUCCUGAUUUUAAUCCUGAACCACCAGUAUUUGCUUGUAAAUUUUCAACAACUAAAAAUUAUGGACACAUACUUGCUCUUGCCAAUGAAGAUGGUAAAAUUGCUUUGCAAGACACAUCAAAAAAAGGCUUACCAAAUCAAGCCCUUGAUGGAUAUCAGGCACAUUGUAAUGCAAUAUUUGACGUAGCAUGGAUGCCAGGCAAGCUUCAACUUGUCACAGCAUCAGGUGAUCAAACAGCUAGACUUUGGGAUGUGUCAAAUUCAGAUUUUACAGAAAUUGGCGUAUUUGGUUCUCACGAUAGAAGUGUCAAAACAGUUGUAUUUAGACCAGAGGAUACAGCAGUUUUUGCAACUGGUGCUCGUGAUGGUGCAAUAAUGGUCUGGGACAUAAGAGCUACUGUUCCUCCCAAUAGUGAAAGAAAACCAGAUUUAUGCAUUAUAAAUGGACAUGUUUCUAAGUCUAAUAAAAGACGACGUGGUGUAUCUGAUGCACAAUCAAGAACACAAAGUAUUACUGGUCUUACUUUUCAAGAUCAAAUGACUUUGAUAUCUGGUGCUGCUGGAGAUGGUCUUAUUAAAGUAUGGGAUUUAAGAAAAAACUAUAGUGUUCAUAAAAAAGAUCCAUUACCAAAGUAUACUAUGGAUUAUUCUGGUGGAAGUACUAAAAAUGGUUUUACAUCGUUAAUUGUUUGCCCAGUUGGAACAACACUAUAUGCAAGUUGCAUGGAUAAUAUUAUUUAUGCAUAUAAUAUUUCAUCAUACAAUAAAAAACCCUUUGCCCAAUAUUAUGGUCAUGAAAAUUCAACGUUUUAUGUUAAAACAUGCCUGAGUUCUGAUGGUCGUUAUUUGGCAAGUGGUUCUAGUGAUGAAAACGCAUACAUUUGGAAAACAAAUAAACCUGGAUUACCUCUUGUACGUCUUACCGGUCAUACCAAGGAAGUAACUUGUGUUGCAUGGUGCAGUGUUGGUGAAAUAAAAAUUGUCACCUGUUCUGACGAUAGUACACAUAGAAUUUGGAAAAUUGGACCAGAACACAAAACAGACAAUGAUCAAGUUGAAAAUGCUGGUCGAGCUGAAGAAGUAACUGGCAUACCACUGCCAAGACAAUCAUCUAUAGAAACAACACCAACAAUUUCACGACGUCGUCGAAUAACUGAUGAACAUACUCCUGGAUCUGAUAGAACUCCUGGAGAUUAUAAUUCUGAUUAUAAUUCUGAAAUAGAAAGUUUAGAUACAGAAAGAAAGAGAACUCAUCAUCAAAUGAUCACAGGUUCUUGGACUGAUGGUAAAUAUAAAUCAACACUUUCACCAAUUCAAGAAAACUGGGAACCACCAGCUAAAAGAAAGUUUCAUACUGUAAAUAGAAGAGCUAGAAGACUAUUUAGUCCUUCAACUUCAAGAGAACAAAGCAAUCAACAAAGUCCUGAUGCAGCUGAUAAUAAUAAAAGACAAACACCAUUUUCACCAACACAUAACUUACCAAAUUACGUUGAAGAUGGAACAGCACCUCAUCUUAUUCAAGUAUCACCUCAAAAAUCAAAAAAAAAUAACUGGCUGACUAUUAUUCAAAAAGAAAGAUUUGAAUCAAAAAAAUUAACAGAUAGUGAAACGUGUGUUGCUGCUGGUAGUCGAAUGACAACUCCAGCAAAAAGAAAUAGUCGUUCAAAAUCAGCUGAACCAAGAAAAACUGAAAAAACAUCUUCGUUGUAUCGUUUUUUCCAUCCAUCCAGUCGUGAUAGCGAUAAAAAUUUAUUUUCUAAAAAUAUUGAAGUUCCUUCACAAUCGGUGGAAAACGGAAAUACUGUUAGAUGAAUAUCCGAAAAGUAUUAUUACUAUUAUUAUUAUUAUUAUUACCAUAAUUUUAAUUUAAUAACUGAUAAAUUAAAUUACUAUGAAAGCCACUUCAUUUUUUGUUCUUACAUGGAUCAGCCAGAAAGAAAAAAAAAGAAGUUCUUUUGUUAUUGCUACGAAAGCAAAUCCAGUAUCUCUCGAGUGUUCUUUUUUAUUUAAUUAAAAAAAUUAAAUUAAUUGUUCUUUCGUAUAAUUAUUUAUUCAGACCAUUGAAAUGACGUUGUAAUGUUGAUAUUUGUAUUGGUUACAUUAAGAUAUUUACUCUAUAGUAUUUUUCUACUUGUGAAUCUUUUUUUUCAUAGUAUUUUCGUAGAAAUUUUACUCUAAAAAAAUGUAUGUUAGUUAAUUGCCUGCUUCUACAAAUAUACCUCUAUUCCAUUAGGAUAUUUUUUCUUAUCAACAUUUUUUUUUAUAAAAGUUGUAAUUUAAGCAUAAAAUGUAUAUAGUAUUUGUGAUGAAAUAUAUGUUUUUCAACAACACAAAAA